UUGCAGAUGUCUGUCUUCUAGCAAUGAAAUAUGGAGCUAGAGGGUCUGUUCAUGGAAGUUGACACAACACCGCGUUUUGUCGCACACCCCGCACUUGAUUACUAAGAAAAGCCCACUAAUACAAGUGAUUAAAGAGAAGAACAUAACAGUACUAGGCAUGGGAAAGAAACUCGACGCUCUGUUUGGAAGAAACUUUAAGUCCUACAAGUUCAAGCCACAAGUUAAUCUUGCCCUUUCUCGCCUCGCCGUCCUCAAGAACCAGCGCCAAGUCAAGUGCAACCAGGCCCGAUCUGACGUCGUUCAGCUCCUCCAGCAAGGCCACCAAGAACGAGCUCUUCUUCGAGUGGAGCAUGUGAUCAAGGAGCGGGAUAUGUUGGAUGCUUUCGUUAUGAUGGAAAGCUACUGCAAUCUACUCAUAGAAAGGGUUCACCUCAUCGAACAAGACAAAGAGUGUCCCGCUGAAUUGAAGGAGGCGAUAUCAAGCUUGCUGUUUGCAGCUUCGAGAUGUGGAGAGUUACCAGAGCUUCAAGAAAUUCGUGCGGUAUUCACGUCUCGCUAUGGCAAGGAAUUUGUGAAUCGUGCUAUUGAGUUGAGAAACAAUUGUGGAGUGAACGCAACGAUGAUUCGAAAGCUGUCAACCCGUCAGCCGGAGCUGGAGAACAGAAUGAAAGUGCUCAAGGAGAUUGCGACUGAGAAUGACAUUGUUCUGCAACUUGAGGAAGUUUCUACUGUAUCUAGGGAGGAAAACUUGGAUGUAAGCAAGAAGCAAAGCCAUGCUGAGCAGGAAUCAACUAAUUUAUCUCCCACUAGGCCAGGCGAUCAUUCACAAGAUUCUCCUAAUGAUCUCAGAAAAGAUGAUGAGUAUUCUAAUUUAAUGAAGGCAGGGAAGAAGUACAAGGAUGUAGCUGAUGCAGCUCAGGCAGCCUUCCAGUCAGCUGCUGCAGCAGCAGCGGCUGCAAGAGCAGCUGUGGAACUCUCCAGAUCUGAAUUUCAUGAUCCUGAUGAUCACAGUGGUCCUAGUACUUGGAGAAGAAAAGAAACUGGAAGAGACAAGUCUGAGAUACUUGAAUCUGAAUCUAAUAUUGAAGAAAUUCAAGGUGAAAACAAAACUGCAGAAUCCAAACUCAAUGUUAAUGCAGCAGAACUUGAGAGUUCAAGUUCAGACUUAACAGAAGAAAAUUUAAAGGAGACUACAAUGUCCACUGGAGUAGACCCUGAAAUUCUGAAGUUACUAGAGAAGGAUAUAGUUUUAAAUGACAGUGACAGUGAGGGCACGGUUUUUUUCUCAUAAGUUCUGAAGGUAGUCUGAAAGUGGAGAGUGGACAAUCCACUGCCCAUGCUGCUGAAGGAUCAGUGUUUGAAAGUAAAGAGCAUUUUGACAUGGCAAUGCACCCAAUGUCAGUUAGCACCGGAUCACUCGAUAAGUGAGCGGGUACUUAAAAGGUUUGUAUAUGCUAAAUAUCAGUGUGGAGUCUGAUAAGCUAAAGUGCCCUUUUCAUUUUUCUCCUGUUAAAUUUUGAGAAAGUUGAACUGUGUAAUUUUUUUUGGAAUGUAAGUGGGGCUGAAAUUUUGUGCGUGUUAA